AUGCUGCCCACACCGGACACCUCACAUGUGUCUUUCGACACAAUUUAUGAGCCAUCGGAAGACUCUUACCUCUUCCUAGACACACUGGCAUCAGAAUCAGAAUCAAAAUGGCUCUCUGAACGAUUCACAAAGAACCAACGCACAUCACCAUUAGUCGUCGAAGUAGGAACAGGCUCCGGCGUGGUUCUGGCCUUUACGGCUGCGCAAUCUCAACAGAUCUUCGGCCGUCGCGAUAUUCUUACGCUAGGCACAGAUGUGAACCGGAAUGCUUGCAUCGCUACGCGGCAAACCGCGACAACAGCCAUUCAAACAGAGCAGCAGCCAUCUCCUGUAUCAGCUCACAUUUCAUCAUUGACAGCCGACCUAUGUGCACCUCUCAGGCCUGGCAGCGUUGAUGUUCUCCUCUUCAACCCACCAUAUGUGCCAACCGAGGAUCUCCCGCGCCUGCCCUCCGCGGUGGAGAACGACCCCGCUGUCGUGGAAGCCAUGUCUCGGUCCGAUAAGUUUGAUAAUGAUUCUUACUUUUUGUCCUUGACAUACGCGGGUGGUGCGGAUGGUAUGGAGACUACAGAUCGGUUGCUUGAUGCCAUUCCUGGGGUUCUCUCUGAGCGUGGCGUGGCAUAUGUUCUGCUUUGCAAGCAGAAUAGACCUGAUGAGGUCAAGGAUCGUAUUCGUGGUUGGGGCGGAUGGCAGGUUGAAACCGUGGGAUCGAGUGGAAUGCAGGCCGGAUGGGAGAAGUUGAUAAUUGUGAGGAUAUGGAGAGACGAUCAAUCAUAG